UAAUUAUUAAUUCGAAGAAAUGGAAUUUGACUGGAAGAAGAAGAAUCAGUGGAAGAGGGGCAAGUAGAUCUGAGGGCUCAUAGAACAGAGUCUCAUACGGCGGAGAUUGAGGGGAGAGAUUGAGAGAGAGAAAUCCGGCGAACGGUCGGCCGGUUGAUUGGAUUCUUACGAGAAAAAAAAAAAAAUUGAAGGGAGGGCUUUGAAUCGUUAUGCUGAAUGACUGAUUUUUCAGCUUUCCGAACGGGCUAUCUCAAAAGGAAAAUGCCGCGCCCUUAUUUCCACAAGCUUGUUCUCUCUUCCACUAUCCAAGCUAGGAAAUUGAGAAUCCCGGAAAGUUUCCUCCGGAUGAUCAGGGAUGAUCUUUCUGCAGUUGCAACACUUACUGUUCCUGAUGGCCAUGUUUGGCGUGUGGGGUUGAGGAAAGCUGAUAAUAAGUUUUGGUUUGAAGAUGGUUGGCAUGGAUUUCUUGAGCAUUACUCGAUAAGGGUCGGGUUUUUGUUAGUAUUCAGAUAUGAGGGAAACUCAUCAUUCUGUAUUUUUAUCUUUAAUCUUAAUACAUCUGAGAUAAACUACCAAUCUGCUGCUCUCGGUGGUAAUCAAAGGAACAAUUACAGCAUUCAAAACCGAAUCUUUGAAGAAAUGGAGGAUUAUGACAUUCCUGAAGCCAUUCCUUCCAAUCAGCCUUUGAACUCGGGUUUUUUACGAAACAAGCUAUUUGGUGAUGAAUGGAAUCUGCACCAAUCAAAAUCUGCAAGUACGUUGCAAUCCAAAUAUUUACCUACUCGAGAUAUCGGGGUUCAGUUUAGUGCUGUGGAGGUUAAAAAGUCUGCAGAUGAGGUGAGAUUCCAGAAUUUGGGUGAUGAUGCACACAGAAUUAAAAAAAGUGGAGGCAAGAAGCGGAAACUUGAUUCUAGCGAGCAUCGUCUGUCUGCUCAUAGUGAAGAUUUCGGUGACAAUCGCUUUAGAUUUUAUGAAAGUGCUUCUGCUAGAAAGAGAACUGUGACAGCAGAAGAAAGAGAAAGAGUUGUCAACGGUGCAAAAGCGUUCGAGCCCGCCAAUCCCUUCUGUAGGGUCGUCUUGCGACCAUCUUAUCUAUACAGGGGUUGCAUAAUGUAUUUGCCAUCUUGCUUUGCUGAAAAGAAUCUAAGUGGGGUUUCAGGAUUCAUCAAACUUCAGACACCGGAUGGGAGACAGUGGCCGGUCCGGUGUCUUUAUAAAGUUGGUCGGGCCAAGUUAAGUCAGGGAUGGUAUGAAUUUUGCCUGGAAAAUAAUUUAGGGGAGGGCGACGUUUGUGUGUUUGAGCUUCUGAGGGUGAGAGAAAUCGUGCUCAAAGUUACCAUGUUUCGUGUCAUUGAAGACGGUAGACGAAUGGUAAACCCGAAUCCUCCCAGCAUGAUGAAUCCACACUCGCUACAAAGUGCUAGCCAAAUUAAGCUGAUCAGAAACUAAUGGUCGACAGUUCCAGGUUACCCUAUUGUAUCAAAUCUUUCUCUUUUCUUUUUUUCUUUAUUUGUGGUAGCCUGUUGCUUCUGAUCUCUUCUUGUGGAAUUGGCUGUUGUUUGAUGUUUAUAGCUUUCCAGGAUGAUUAAGUUGAAAAAAAGAUCCAAUUAGAGUUUACUUAUUAAAAGCUGAAUUGACUUUAGUUGUAAAUAGAUUUCAAAUUUUUGUUGAUAGCAAUCGAGACAAGAGCAUUAGUUCUUUAUGUUGA